UCUAUGUUUAUAUAAUUUGCUAAAAUUCGAGCAAAUUUAUUAUAUUUAUAAUUUAAAAAAAUAUAUAAUUAUAUCAGAGUAUUUAUUUUAUAGUGCUAUAUGUCUUUUUGAAUUCAUUUAUUUAGUAAAUUAGGUUAAACUGAUAAUUUAAUAAUCGUUUUAAGAACAUUAUAUAUUACAUAUAUAUAUGUAUAUAAAUAUAUAUAGUUAUUAGUAAAAUAUUGUGUACAUACUGUGAAUAAAAAAAAUGAGUAAAACGACCAGUGGCACUGAGGAUCCUGAUGAUAUUACCAUGACUGCACAAGACCUACAUAUUUUAUCUGAAUUGGAUAGCCGUCAGUAUGGAUUUUUGUUGUUGAAUCAGCCAGAAAAUGCAUCCAAAAAGGCAUUAGUCCAAAAGGCUGUCAAGUAUUUACAAUUAAUGGUUGUGCAAGCUAGAAGGCAACAAAAAGCAAAUGAAAAUGAUUCUAGUAAUAAUACUAAAAAUAUAAGUAUUGAUCCUAAGACAUGGGUUAAAUUAGGACACUUUCAUUUGUUACUUGAGGAUUAUAGAAAAGCUCUUUCAGCUUAUCAAAUGUUUUACAAAACUCAAGCAGAAAACCAUUGGCAGGACACCACUUUCUUAUAUGGAAUUGGAUUGGUGUACUUCCACUUCAAUGCCUUCCAGUGGGCUGUGAAAGCAUUCCAGCAGCUACUUUAUGUUUCACCUGGAUUUCAACGAGCUAAUGAAGUCAAUGUUAGACUGGGUUUGAUGUUCAAAGUUACUCAAGAAUAUGACUCAGCACACAAACAUUUACAGUUAGCCUUAGUGGAUAACAGUCCGUCUACAGCAACAAAGAAUACAAUAAAAUUUCACAUUGCUCAUUUGUUCGAAGUUCAAGGAAAGGUGAAAAUAGCGAAAGACAGAUACGACGGUUUACUUAAAGAGAAGAAUUUAUCACAGUCUUUAAGAGCCGACAUAUUUCGUCAGUUGGGUUGGUUAUAUCACUGCCAGGAAUCAUUAGGAGAUAAAAGCCACCGAAUACCUCUAGCAAUACACUACUUACAAAGAGCCAAUGAAGCUGAUCAGUUUUCUGGUCAGACUCUUUACUUACUCGGGCGAUGUUAUGCCAGUAUUGGUAAAGUUCACGAUGCCUUCAUUGCUUACAGAAACUCUGUAGAAAAAUCCGAAGGAAAUGCGGACACCUGGUGUAGCAUAGGUGUCUUAUAUCAACAGCAAAAUCAGCCCAUGGAUGCGUUACAGGCUUACAUAUGUGCUGUACAACUAGAUAAGUGCCAUUCUGCAGCUUGGGCUAAUUUAGGAAUUUUAUAUGAAAAUUCUCUGCAAGCUAGGGAUGCUUAUGCUUGCUAUUUGAAUUCUAGUAGAGGAUUGUCAAAUAAACAAACAAACGAAGGGUCGGUUAGUACGGCUAAACUGCCUAAAAUUAACUUUCCAAAUCUGGGGAUGAACCCACAUUUGACACAACGUAUCAAUUUCCUCCAGACCCACCUUUCAAAUGCCCCAAUGCCAAGCGUCACAUCACAAAGGAGGCAAUUGCUUUCGAUUGAAGAGGCUUGGAAUCUUCCGAUAUCGGCGGAAAUGUCUUCUAGACAGCAAAAUUCGUCUCAACCUACUCGCAACACCACAUCUCAAAGUUUUCAGAAAAAUUAUCCAGCUACAACACCUCAAGGACCCCCUCCACCAUAUCCUUCCCCAAAUGGCUCAAACAAUAAAAGGUUUAAAACAGAACCAGAUCAAAAACCAGCGAUGACUCAACCUGCAUAUAGUUUGACUCCCCAACAAAUGCAAUUGUUAAAUCACUUCCAACAAAAUGUAAACAAUCUGAAUCCCAGCCAACAGGCUUUAAUGCAACAGCUACAACACCAAUAUAGAUUAAUGCAGCAAAACCAGGAUCAUAGUCACCGCAACCUUGUUAGAACCACACCUCCUAGUUAUAAUAAUAACCAGAAUUUCGAUCAAGAGGGGUCACCAACGAACACUGCCAAGAAUGAUAAAAUAGUUCAACCUAGUCCUAUAGUCGAACCAAGAGACUAUUUGUCAUCUACUGAACCUCAUUCUACUGAUAUUGAUCAAAAUUUAGAAGACGAUCUAAAGGAUUUGCUUGCGCAAAAGGAUCUGGCCACAACUUUGGCUGAGAAUCUACUAAAGCAGUUUGGAUCAGACGAUAUAGAUGUUAAAGAUUCAUCUAGUGGAUCUAAUAUUAGUGGUAAUGUUUCAAACAUGUUAUCAUCAGGACCCUUCUCACCUUCAAAUAUUGUACCGAAACAGGAAACACUUCACGAAGUGAAAAGAAAAAUUAAAUCACCUAUUCGUGACAGUACAUCAAAUGUAAAGUCAGAACCACCUUGGGAGUUUGAUUCACUUCAUUCCUUAGAGAAAAAGUCUGACAUUGAUUAUCACAUUGAUAUGGACGCCCAAACGAUAGUAAAGCUAUGCAAGGGCGAAGUAAUUAAUGGUAAUAUUAAUCACUCAAUAAUCUCAGAUACAGCUCCGCCACCUUCUCCGCCGGAUCCACCUUCUAUCAAACUAAACCAUCAACAGCUACUACCGCCUACUCCAUCAGUAUAUCUUGAAAAUAAAAAGCAUGCUUUCAGUCCUCAAUUACAAGAGUUUUGUCUGAAACAUCCGAUAGCUGUGAUAAGAGGCUUGGCGUCUGCUUUAAAGUUGGAUUUAGGUUUAUUUUCUACAAAAACUUUAGUUGAAGCCAAUCCUGAUCACAGUGUGGAAGUAAGAACACAAAUACAGCAACCGUCUGAUGAAAAUUGGGAUCCACAAACCGGACGAAAAGUUUGGGCAUGUAUAUCUCAUAGAUCACAUACAACUAUUGCAAGAUACGCACAGUACCAGGCUUCUAGCUUCAAAGAAAGUUUAAGGGAAGAGCGUGAAAAAGCAGCGAGUGGUUUGUCCGACUCCGAUUCGAAGGAUUCAACCCCUUGUGGAACAAAAAGAAGAAAAGUGCUUCCUAAUACACCUCCGUGUCCAGCUUUGAAGAACUGCAAAGAACAGAAAACGCUGAAGUUUGGUACAAAUGUAGAUUUAUCAGAUGAGCGAAAAUGGAGACCACAGUUACAAGAACUUAUGAAACUACCAGCUUUUGCGAGAGUUGUGUCAGCUGCAAACAUGCUCUCACACGUUGGACAUGUUAUUCUAGGGAUGAAUACAGUGCAACUAUACAUGAAGGUACCUGGUAGUCGAACUCCUGGCCAUCAAGAAAAUAAUAACUUCUGUUCAAUAAACAUUAAUAUAGGACCAGGUGAUUGUGAAUGGUUUGCAGUUCCUGAUGCGUAUUGGGGCUCGGUAUUUGCUCUUUGUGAGAAAAACCAAAUAAAUUACCUACAUGGUUCAUGGUGGCCUAUACUAGAAGAUUUAUACCAUGCAAAUAUACCAGUGUAUCGAUUUCUUCAGCGACCAGGAGAUUUGGUUUGGGUAAAUGCUGGUUGUGUUCAUUGGGUGCAAGCUGUAGGCUGGUGUAAUAAUAUAGCCUGGAAUGUGGGACCAUUGACUGCAAGACAGUACCAACUUGCAAUAGAGAGGUACGAAUGGAACAAACUACAGAGUUUCAAAUCCAUUGUGCCUAUGUUGCAUCUUUCUUGGAACCUAGCCAGAAAUAUAAAGGUUUCUGACAGAAAGCUGUUCGAACUUAUAAAAAAUUGUAUUCUAAGGACGCUCGUCAAGUGUUGUAGGAUAUUAGAAUUUGUAAAACAUAAAGGCGUGGAAAUCAAAUUUCAUGGGAGAGGAAAAAAUGAAGCAUCUCAUUAUUGUGGUCAAUGUGAGGUGGAGGUAUUUAAUGUUCUUUUCAUACGAGAGCAGGAGAAAAGGCAUGUAGUCCACUGUAUGGAUUGUGCGCGCAAGCAAUCUCCAAAUUUAGAAGGAUUCGUUUGCCUGGAAGAAUAUAAGUUACAAGAACUGUGUGAUGUUUAUAAUAGUUUCGUUAUACAUUCAAAUACGAAUACUGCUCACGAUCAGUAUAGAAUAACUUAGUAAAUUUUUUAGAUGACCGCUGAGGUCAGCUAUCACUGCCACAUGUAACUGAUGUACAACUCUAAUAUUAAUAUUUGCUUGUUAUAUAGCGUAUGACUUGUAAAGAAACCAAGCGUGAUAAUUUAUAAUAAACUAUUUUGCAUAUUUUUAAUGUACAUAAGUUUGUCAUGUAAGAUUGAUAGUCUAUGGAUUAGCACAGAUGUUGACAAUGUAGUUGGAAUAAGAUGCUAUAAUAGUCCGUGUUGGAAAUGUUAGGAAAAAGUGGAAGUGUUUUAUUGAGAUACAAAGUGGGUCAAACAAAUACCUUAUAAACUUAAACAAAUUUUAUCGCUUUAUAAUCUUGAUAAAAAUAUCUUCGAAGCGAAAUCCAGUUUAAAAGCAUUUAACCGAUCUAGAAAACCCAUAUAAUGGUAUUAUUUUAAUUAGAUAAAAUUAAUUUUAAAUUUUGUGUUUUUUUUUCACAUCACGAUUGAUCCAUAUGAUUUCCAAUUUUGAGAAUGUGUUGAUUACUUUAAAAUUAACUAUUAAAGUUACAGUUCCAUAUAAGGUCUUUAUGAAUUAUUUUUGCUACUUGCUAGAUAUAUGGUUAUUUUAGGCAUAAUCAGAUUUUAUAUCCAUAUUACGAAUAUUUUUCAAUUGAAACCAGGUUUCGCUUCACGUGUCUCCCUUUAUUUUUAGUUCUUGCAUUAGAAUUUUAAAGUCUAAAACAGCUCUACAAGACGAUUUGCUAAAGCGGCUCAACCACAAAAGGUGCCUUAUAGUGUACUUUAGCCCUUCGUAAUUUUAUGAAUAGUAGUCACACAGUGAAUAUACAGGAUUUAGGUAGACUGAUCUUAGGGAAAAUUUUACAAAUUCUUUGAUUAUUGUAAUCAUUAAACUUUCUCUCUACAACCACACUAAAAUGAAAAUUAUAUAUGAAACAAAACCAAUGUGGAAGUAUUGAAAACAUACAGCAAAAUAGCAUUUUACAAUCAAUCAAGACGACCCAUUCUGACCACCUGGAGAAUUUUUUAUUAAUUAAAAUAAAUCUUAUGGUACAGUGAUUGUAUUCCAUUUGUGUUCAAAAACAAAGCGAAUAACAGCAGAUUUGUCAAACAAUAUUUUAAUGAUUAUAAUUUUUACACACUCAUUUGUUGUGUUUACAUUACUGGAAACCAGUACGACCUGUGCCAAUUUUAGCUCUGCAUAAAAAAGUAUCUUGAAUUUCUCUCGCCAUUAACUUGAACUGCUUUAAUUUCUCCAAUUGAUUCCUUUUCUUGUUUUUAGUUGAAUCUCUUAAUUUUUGCACAUGCUCAUCAGUAAUGAAUAUUCUCAGAAAAUAUAUCAGUUUAAAAUAUUUUGAUAGAAAUAUUUGAUUUAAUUCUAUCUGAAUCCUGUACAACAUCCUGAAUCAUCGUUCAUUAGAGUUGUCUGUAGCAGAGUUUUAUAUAUCAAAAAAUUAAAAGUAAAAUAGUUAUAAAAGUCGAGAAAAUCUAUGCCGUAUUUUUACUAUUAGGAUUUGGGUAAGUCUACUAUAAGUAAUCGGGUAAAAUUAAAGUACAAAUAGUUCAGUAAUUUCAAUACUAGUGAAAAAUCUAAUUCUAUAACUUAAAAUUUUUAAACGAUUUUAAUGAGGAACUAACUACUUAUCUAAAUAAGGUAAAACAUACGCAGUAUCGCGAAAAUCAAUUUAAUAAUAUGUAGUUUCCUGAAACAUGUGUGACCCUGUACAUAUAACAGUAUUUUUGUGUAGCCUUAACUAUUUCAUAAUUAAAAGGUAUCUUUUCUAUUGUUGACUCACUUUGUAUACGAAGUUUUAGUGAUGAUAUCUGAUUCAUUGCUAGUUGAAAAUGUUUUGUAAUUUGUCUAAGAAAUUUUAGCAAUCUUUAUUCCUUACCUUCUUUGCUUAUCUUCGAGAUUAUAUAUAUCCACAAAAGGAAAUUGAAUCGAUCAUUUCAAAAGUUAACACUUACUAACUCCAUCAUAUUUUAAAUUAGUUUUGAAUUAAUCUAAAUUAAAUUAUGUGUGGAGAGUGCAGGACAAGUAAAGAGAAACAUGUCGAAUCUUUGGAAUACAAGUCAUACUAGAGGGAAGACUUUUUAUCAACGAAAAAAAAAUACCCAGUUCAUCAUGCUUCAAUAUAUAGUGGAGGUAUUGAAGUUCAAUAGAAAAGGAAUAUAAAAUUCAUCAAAAUUUCAACAAAUUAAUUAAGAUGAAAUUGAAAAUGUACAAGAUAAAUUGACAUUACCUAAAAACACUAUACAAGAUAAGUUUUCAUGUUAUUUAUUUUUUUCAUUUUCUAGUAUUUAAAUUGAAAUAAAUGAUCAUGUUCUAUCAGUUGUGUGAUACGAUUCACUUUCCGUAAUGGAAAAUAUUAUUUAUUGCAUGAUAAUUUAACGAACCGUUCAUAUUUAUAAGUAGGAAAAUACCGAUUGUGACUGAAUUGAGGUCAUUAUGUAAGACUGUCUUUUUGAUGUAAUAUGUUUUGGCGAUACUUUCGUUUAUCUUUGUAUAUUGAGGAUAAAAAGAUAUAUUUAUGCAAAUCUGCAACAGAUUUCCAAGAGCGCUAAGAUACAUCCCAAUAUUUUGACUUAGGAUCACAUAUGAAUGUGAUAAAUUGAAAAAUAUUUCUGAUUGAAAAUUAUCAUAGUUUAGUUUUUAUUAUUCAGAUUAAAUAUGUGAACAAACUAUUCAUUUUUGCAAAAAAUAGACGGUUUGAUUCCUAUUUGAUUUUUAUCUUCUGAUUAACUAUUUAUAUAUAAAACAAAAAAUAAAACAAAUUAGCUGUAUAUAGUAUUAUUAGUAAUGGGAUAAUUUUUAUUAAAUGUAGAUUUAUACUUCAUAUUGUAACACACUGGGGUUUCCAUUAUUUAUUCCAUAAAUCAAGGAUUUUAACAGAAGUCUAGUUAUAUAACUUGUUAACACUAAAUUUUGACGUUUUAUAAAUUUCUUCUAUAAACUUCUUUUUUCUUCUUUUUAGCACUGCUUUUAUAGUUUAAGGUAUUCUUAUAAGUUCUUUAAACACUGCAUAAUAUUCGAUAAUUGUAAUCAUAAGUACAAAGAUCAAGUUAAAGGGGAAAUAGAAUAACCCAUAUAGCCCUCAUUAUUCGCUUGUUAGAAAAAGGUCUGAUGUCCUAGCUAGUUGGGGGAUGUUAUGCUGUCUGCAUUUUCUUGUGGGAACCUAUUUUGGUUGAAUCACCACAGCUUGUAAUUUCUCUCUACAAUCAAAUUAAUUGCAUCGGGUAGCAAAAAAUCAAGAUAUCUACAUGUCCUUUACAUUUUUAUAUUCAUUGUCAUUUAAUAUCAAACUAUGAACAUAAAAUUGACAAUAACCUUGUAAGAUUACCUCAAACGUGAAUUUAAAAAUAAUAUUUUAUCCAUAAAAUAUUCAACCACUUAAUGUGACGGACUAUUAUCCAAAUGCAAAAAAAGAUUUACCUUCAUAAAUAUCUGAACAAUAUUUAUUAAGUGCACGGGUAUGUUGUAUAUGUAUACAUCCUAUUUUAUGAAUUUUCUUAUUACUAUGACAAACUUCAUACAUUUAUAUCUAAUAUCAAGUAAUAUAUAUCUUUUUACUUUUACUUUUUAAAACAUUCAUUGCAUUAGAAAGAUUGAUAUCUCAUUUAUAAUUUUGUUUUAACAGAUUGCAUAAAUUGUCUUUUCAUCUCCUAUAGUCGUUAACACGGACUAAAAUUAAGUGUUGCUUCAGGUGCAAAGUAUUUUUUUAUUUCGUUUAACUAUAUUUGGUGUUCAUAAGUAAAACUACUAUCAUAACAAUGUAAAAAAUGUGAAUAUGGAAAGUAAGUACUAAUUCGAAAAAUAUGCUGCCUCGGUAAUAACAAAAAAUUUAAUAUUCCCAAUGUAAGAUCCGUCCUGAAACGAAAUUUUAUUAUUGAACUAAGCAAACAUUAAUCUAUGUAUUCCAAACCUUGGUGUUUUUGAUUGGAAAUUAAAUAUUUUGCUACAUUUAAAAGACAAUGAUCUGUUUCUAAACAAAACUGGGUUCACCAAUCAUUUCGAUAACUAUCUAAUUUUAAUAUUUAUUACCAAAUAUCCUAUAUUUGGUCUAAAUGUUAUCUCAUUUACAUAAAUUUUUAACGCUAUAUAUAAAAAUACAAUGUGAGUGGAUAAUAAGAAAACAGAGAGAUCAACAACUGAUAAAGCAUUGGCAAAGGAGACACUGACACUGAAAUUGUGAAAUGAAUUGAUAUAUUUCCUUGAUGAGGAAAUUAAUAAAAUUGAACAUAUCUGAAGAAAAACGAAAUUUCCAAAUUGAUUAGAAUUAGAAGAAUGAUAUGAUGAAGCAAGUCGAGAUUUUCAAAAACAGAAAUGUAAUGGAUUACAAAUUAAGGAAACAAAAUAAGAGAGAGGGUUAAAACUUCUAUGAAACUCUCUUUAAAGAAAUACUCCAAAAAUAUAGCUAAUUGUUUCCAACACUACAUUUGUACUAAUACCAAUCUACCCAGAUAAACUAUUAAUUGUUGGUACUCAACCAGAGCCAUCGAAAAUAAGUAUAACCUUUAGUUGUUACUCAGUUAUUGAAGUGGGUUAUAAACAUGCAAUUCAAGUACCCAAGAAAAAUUUUGCUCAGAACUUUUUAUUAUAAUCCCUGUUAUUUCAUUCUCUAUUCGAAUAUUGUUUUUCACAUCAAAUACUUCUUCAUUACUUUGCACCUGAGCAACUAUUCAAUAACAAUUUUCGAAAAAGAUCAUUUGGAGUUAGGUUGUUAAACAAAUCGACGAUAAUGAUUAUGUAUGUUGAAAUUUGUUUUAUUUUAUAAAAAUUCAAGUUGUCAGAUUGUGUGAUUUUUUUAAUUAGAAUUCUCAGAUAAAACGGCAAGAUUGAGUUUUUUUUUGAAAUGAUUACUGGAGAAAAUGCCUAUUUAAUGAAGAACACAUGCCUUUAUUUAUUUGUUUAUAUUGAAUAUAGUUUCUGUUAACCUGUAUUUGACUAUAUACCACACAAAUUACUGUAUUGUUGUGUUUUGGAUGUACUUCAAUACUAUAACACUACUGUCAUCUAAAAGUGAUUUUUUCGGCUAAUAAGAGACUUUUUUGAAUCUAUAUGUUUACUAGACUGUUAAUAAUAGAUUCAAUUUGUCACACGUUAUGAGUCAAAUCAGUGCUUGUUUUGCUGUUUUCCUGUUAUUUUUUGAUUCUUCACUUUCAAUUUAUUUUUAAUCUCAAGUAAUCAUACUCCAAAAUUUGUUUAAUUACAAAUUUGAAAGCUUUUUAGAAUUCCUGCUUUAUUUGUUGAAAUAUAUUCUAUUUGGACUGAAAAGUAUAUUUACUCAGCUCAAAGUAUAUUAACAACUUAGUUAAUGAUCUGACAACCCAAAUUUUUAAAAUAUUUUUUCUAUUAAAAGUGAUUCGCCGAUUUGUCUAUAAAAGAAUGUUGUAUUCUAAGUUUAAAAGCAAUAAAACUGCUCCUUAAAAUUUGUAUAAAAUAAAAUACAAAAAUAUUUUGUCUUUUCUCUUUUAAUACAUUUUUAAAAAAAUAAUACCUAGAUGUUUGGUGUUGAUUUGUUUUUUGUUACUUUGUGAUAUUUUUAAAUGAAUUUUUGUAGUAGAUCUCAUUUAUGACGAAAUACAGAGUGUUUCUGAAUGUA